AAAAGAUAAAAAACUAAAAGGCCAAAAAAAAGUAAGACAAAAGCGUACAGAGCUUAAUCUUAAAACCCUAAUCAUAUCUUCACCCAUAUUGAUCCGAUUGAGCGAGAUUUCUGAGAAUACGUUGUUAAUCUUUGUGAGGUUUUGAAGCAGAUUCGACUAGAAUGUCUGCGGCUGUGUGCGGUAGCAAGAGAUCGUUCUUUGACGACCUCCCUUCUCCGUCGUCACCUCCAUCGGUUUCCAAGAAGCUUCGUCGCUUCUCGUCUUCAUCGCCUCCUCCAAUUCUCUUGUCUCCUCCUUCUCUUCUUGAUCAGCUCCGUUCUAUAUUCCCUCUCAUGGAGCCCCAGCUUCUUGAGAGAGCAUUGGAUGAGUGUAGAAAUGAUCUAGACACUGCAGUCAAAAGCCUGCGUGAGCUUGGCUUGGGGUCCUUAGAUGAUAAGUUGGGUUCUGCUAUAGAAUCAGGUGCAACUUUGGAGAAAGAAAAAUUGACCAAUGGUGGAGAUCCGGCUGCGUCUGUGAACAACCUUCCUGUGGAUGGUGCUGGAUGGGUGGACUUGUUUGUGAGGGAAAUGCAAACUGCUACUACUCUGGAUGAUGCUAGAGCUCGUGCGUCAAGUCUGCUGGAGAUACUUGAAAAAUCCAUCUGUCACAAAGCUGGUGAAGAAGUGGCCCAAAGUUUUCAGAAGGAGAGUAUGAUGCUGAAGGAGCAAAUUGAAGUGGUGAUCCGAGAGAAUACAAUACUCAAACGUGCUGUGGCUAUUCAGCAUGAACGGCAAAAAGAGUUUGAGGAUAGGAACAGGGAGGUCCAGCACUUGAAGCAGUUAGUGUCUCAGUAUCAGGAGCAGCUGAGAACUCUUGAGGUAAACAAUUAUGCCUUGACGAUGCAUUUGAGACAGUCCCAGCAAAGCAGCCCCGUCAUUGGACGAUUCAAUCCUGAUGUAUUUUAAUGAAGAGAUGAAGAUUGUUUGUGCUUUUGGUUGCAAUGAUAGCACAAGUAGCUGUUACAACAAACUACAGUUUUCUGUGUUCGCUGAAUGAUUUAUCUAAGGUGCAGUUGAGUGGUUUUUGUUACUGUUACAUCAUGUCCUAGUUCAACUUGUUUCUGGGGAGCUCAUUAUCCAAUCUUGAAUACACAGAAAUAAAUUGUCCGCCCUAUAGUAAUUUUCGAUAUCCAUAGUACGUUCCUUGUAUUUACUACUGUAUUUUUUUUAAUGGAUCUACUGUAUUAGUUGAAACUGGAGAUCCUCCAUAUAGAUGUAAGAAUUGCGAUAUGUUUUUAGGACAUUACUGUGA